AAAAAAGAGGUCAUGAAUAUAGAAUCUUGGUGCACCGUCGAACUCAACUCCAAGCAAGACUGGCUGCGAGCAAACAGGAAACACAACACAAAUGCGUUUGCAAGUAGCGUGUUCAAAGGUGAUUCAAAUCAACACCAAGCAAGCAGGCUGGACUUCAAAAGUUCUCCAGAAAAACACAGGGAAAGAAGACAUUUUCCUGAUAAAGGUAAAAAAAUCCUCAAAUUUUCUUGACUUGUUCAUUUGACUCUGAUUAUUCUGGGUUAUAAGAGACUUCAAGCACCCGGUUUGACGCCUUGUUCGCGUGCAGGACAGUACAACAGAUUCCUACCAAUCAGCCAAACAUGCCAAUCAUAUACAGAAAUAUUUUAUUUCCAUAUCGUCGCAAGCGAUACGAAUCGAACAAUAAGAUAUUUCGCUUGAUUACUUUUUCUUCAAAGUACGGAUUUUUUAGCCACUUUGUCAGCAAUUUUUUUGAAACUUUGUAUUUUCUUUCAGCUCAAACUCAGCUCAAGUGACAUAAACUCAGAAGGUUAUCUAGCCAGGAAACAAGAAUUUAGCACUGUGGCACAGCACUGCAAACCCAUUGAUUGAAAUUGACAUUGACAAUUUUUACAACUUGCUUUAUACAAAAAUGGAUCCUAAUAUAUUUCACCAGAUUACUCUGCUGUAAGCAAAUUAAAGAAAUGAAUAGACUGUUCUGGAUUAAAAAACAUAGAUUUGUCUCUGCAUCAAAAAUGGCUAUGUCUUCUGCUAUUACUGUUACAACUUAAGAUGUUAAGACCAUGUUUCUGAGGGUAGGUAUCUCCUUAUACUUGGUUUGCU